AUGGGCAGUUCAGCACCUGCUAUGGCGAACGGAAAUCAGGCGUCAGAAGUACGAGGCUCGCUUUCGAACGACGCGCUGAACCUCGGGCUCAACUUAGCUCUUCCAGCAGAUACACACGACACCGCGAAAACAGUGGGAACCGUUAGCGGUUCAUCACUAGCAGACAUACUUGGAUCCAACGCUACGCCACAGGCUGGCGGGGAAAAUGGCCACGCCUCAGGAACCAGCAAUGCGACGCCAGCAAGCGCGCUGAACGAACCAACGCACGCACAGAUACACAGUGCUUCUCCGGCGCAAAACGCCGGGAUUGGGCCACAGCGUUAUGGAAUUAUACAACAAGUCUCCGGCAGUUCUGAGCUGGGUACCGGGAACUCGACCACGACAAGUGUGCAGAUUUGCCAGAGAAUGGACGAGGUGAGCGCACGGAUGAUAGCAAUGGAGGAAAUGUUCAACAAGCUGUACUUUAAAAUCAACGAGCAAGAGGCAACUAUACAGCACCUCAGGUUGCAGAGCGAGGCAUUUCUCACAAGCAUAUUGAGCGAGGUUCGUCAAGUGAACCACAACAUGCCCAUCCUUGACAACCCAGAUGACAACGAGAAGGAUGGAUUUGUUACAGAUCUGCUGAAUUCCAUCACGAAUGUCUCAUCCAACUACUUAAAGAAGGUCAAUACCAAGCACAGCCAGAAGUACAAGCGCCAACGACAGUCAAUGGGCGGGGCUGGCGCUGCGAGCACAGACAAACCCUCGAAAGAUGCGUUUGGUGAGGCUGCGACUAGUUCUUCGACCCGUGCCAUAAACGGAACUGCAGGCGUCGCUCCUAACAAUGGUGCCUCAGCAGGACAAGCCAACCUGGCUGCGCAGAGCUCGAAACGAGCAGCUCCCGACUCGGAGCACAGCAAAACGCACAAUUCCAGCUUCGCGGAAAGUGGCGGCCAGACGGGGCAGCAACUGGUUCAGGAAAGCCACUCCUACCCAGUUUCUGAAGCUUCUCAACUGCCCCUGCCGCAUUAUUUAACCCAACAGUCCUUUACGUUGAAUCCAAACGGCAUCAAGAGGAGGAGAGCGAACACCGCGACUAAACCAUCCUUUAGCCAAAGUCAUCAAGACAUCUCGUCUCUAAACGGGAUAGGCUCCAUGAGCUUGCCCAACUUGACCCUGGAAAAUCUGACGCGCAAAAACCAGCCUCAUUCAUUGGGCUUCAAUGUAAACUCUGACCACAACGUUUCUGCAGGAGCCAGGCUUCGACACAGGAAUAUCGAAAUUCAAGUUGGCUCAGACAACGUGGAUUCGCAUGAGCUGGAUCUAGAUUCUUCUGAAGACGAGGAAGGAUACCAAGAGGACGACGAGGACCGUAAUAGCGACAGAUCGGCCGAGGCCGCGGACGCAGGACGCAGCUAUGGCGCGAGGGGCAAUGUAAUCAAUGCUGCUGAAGAGGCAGAGGAUGAAACUGAAAGUUACGGAGGCUUGUUCGAACCGCGCAACCGCAGCCCAGGGCAGCAGAUACACCAGCGACGUGAAGACCGUCGUAAUUUCGACCGCGGCCGCCCUGUGCGAGCACCGGGCCCUACGGAGCAGCCGCUGAAAGCUACACAGGUAAACGCGGAGACCAAGACUGCCGCAGCUCCCCGCAGUGGGGGCCCAGCCGCAGAUGAACAUCACACUCGGCUGAGGGAGCGGGACCUGAAUUACACGCUGCUCAAGGCGCCCGCCAACGUCCGUGCUAUUUGGCAAGAAUACAUAGAGGGCAUCGACGGCCAGCCUGCUGUCAAGUUCCUCGAGGAGGUCUACGGCAACAAGUGGCGGCUGAAGAAAAACGUCAAAACGUUUGCACGACGCAAGCGCCUUUACAAGUUUAUCAUCAACGGGAUCAAACACGGCCGCAGCGCGGACGAUAUGAUAAAGAUCCUCGAGGAUAAGCGCAUAUACAAAAACGAGCACGGGGAGGUCAAGAAGCGAACCAUAGGCUGGCUCCAGCAGAGCCUCAGUGGCAUUUAG